CUUGCGACACCACCAUCUGCGAUAACGAUAGCGAUCGUCGCUGGCGGCCAACACUUGCCUUGGCGACCCGUCAAACAGCUUUGGAAGAAAAUAAUCCGCAUUCGCCGCAAUGGCUGAUCACCAACCGUAUUUCACCAUCCGCUCCCGAAGGCCGGCAGAUGCUUCGGGCGCGCGAGGUCCUGAUGGCAUGGCUGGCCCGAGUGGAGGAGACUUUCAUGCCAGAUCCGCGACUCACGAUGUUAGCCGUACGAGCUUCCAUGUAAAACAUAUUGGCCAGUUUGCCAGUCGACUCGAAGACUCUGCAGCGCGAGCCUUCCCGAACCGUGGCCGAUCUUCCCAACGAUACAGCAAAGUCCAGGCGUUAUUAUUGCACUGGAACUCAGAUGACCUCUUUGUCAUCCCAGAACUGGAAGAUCUGGAGAAGUGUCUUAGCGAAGACUAUGGCUUCAACACGGACAUUUUUGGAAUUCCUUCCGAAAACUCACAUCUGGAGUUGAUGUUGAAGAUCGGCCAACUUAUCAAGGACCACGAAUCAACAGACACUUUGUUUUUAGUCUACUACGGUGGCCACGCUAGAAUCGACGAGUCCAGGCAGAGCACCUGGUGUGCGACCCGGGAGGCUUCUUCUCCUUGGUUACAAUGGUCCGCCAUUCAAACUCUUCUGGAGAGAUCCGCGUCUGACGUACUCAUUUUGCUGGACUGCUGCGCAGGAGCUGCAAGCGCCACAUUUCCAACUGGAAACAGCAUCACGGAGACGAUAUCAGCUUCCAGUUGGGACGCUAUCGCGCCUGAUCCAGGACGGUAUUCAUUCACCAAUGCUCUCAUCGAAGUCCUGCAGGAAUGGCGAGUGAGAGCCUUUUCCGCCGCCAUGCUCCAUGCCGAGGUGCUGGCUCGCCUUAAACACCCUCGCCCGAUCACCAUUAACGGCAAAUACUUCGAAGCUCGAUCAACCCCCGUUCACUUCAUGAUGACAGCAAAUCACAAGGCGCCCAGUAUUGAGUUGUCUCGGAUAUGUUUGGGGGUUGACCACCCACCCUCACCCGAGCUAUUGCCUAUGCCCGCCAUUCCUCACGAGACAGGCAGAGCUGGGGACCCUUCAGCGGCCCCUCGCAACGACCACCUGUUCACUGAACCCAACGAGGACACCCCUCACGUCAUGAUUUCCUUGGCCCUGGAGGAUGAUCAAAGGCUAGACAUCAAUGCAUGGGAACAAUGGCUUGGCGCUUUCCCUGCCAUGGCCAAGUACGUCAAGGUCCAAGGCGUCUUCAAGAGUCACUCAACACUGCUUCUGGUAUCAAUGCCAGUUGGCAUCUGGGACAUGCUCCCAGAGGAUCACGCUACUUCUUUCGUUGCAUUCAUCCGAUCAAACAACCUCAUGACGCAGAAACAGCGGACGCCUUCAGUUCCCGUCUUCGUCCCCGCGCGUUCCUACCCUACUGAAAGCGCCAGUACCGACUCUGCUUCAUUUGUUUCCGGCGUCUCUGGCACUACGUUCGCUGCUACUGAGAACACAGGACUCACUGGCCAGAUGCGAGGCGCUUUCAGAGAUCCGACGUAUGGUAGGCAUGCAUCAGGGCCCGUUGUGAGGAGCACGCUCCCAGCUCUCCCACCACUCUCCCCCAUACACUCGCCGUUGCAACCUGGAUCUCCCCCACAGAGUCUUUCUCGUCCCGUGAGGUCUAUCCCCUCUUCGACAUCACUCUCUACUUUGCAAAGGCAACAGUCAUCUUCGUCUUUGGGGGUGAGUGGUAAUCUCACGAGGCAGAUGAUCAUGAAUCAGCAGCAAAGUCUGCGACGUACCACUUUUGGCGACGAUGUCCCAGAGCCCAAGAAGUUUUCUCCCCAUGUCGAGAAACGACUGGAAGAAUACUAUCAGUAUGAGCCACUGCCAAAUGAUGGCCAGAAGGCGUUCUUCGCAUCAAACCUUGGUGUUGAGCCUUGGCAUAUCGAGGUUUGGUUCCACCAUCGCCGACAGAGAGACGCAUUCGCCCAACGAUUUGCUUCUUUGCAAGCUGAAGAUGCCAAACACCAGUCCCUAGACGGGCCUCGCAUGAUAUUCCCCGCCAAUCUCAAUGAGCUCCUUGACAUUUCGAUACCGGGCCAAGCUCUAUUGAUUGACCUCAGGUCACUAUCUGAAUACCAAAGGUCACACAUUAAGGGGGCCAUCCAUUUGCGCGCUCCGCAGUCUUUCUUACGACCUGCGUCGCUAGACAUGAUUGAACGAGCAUUUGCUGAUGCGCAAAGCCGGAGGACGUUUUCACACUGGCAGCGCGCAAGGUGCAUUGUAUUCUACGCUCGGGGUCUCGAGUCGCCACCUGAAUGCCCUCCUGCCGAAGCAUUGUUGGAGAAGCUCUGGUCAGCUGGCUGGAGCGGACAGUGCUUCAUCUUGAAGGGUCACUACCGCGAGUUUAGUGACUCGUUUGGAAAGCACAUUAAGAGGGCGGAUGAACAAGAUCUGCCAGAGGGACAACAGAGGGAAAUGCCUACUCAGACCCCCGAGCAAAUUUCUGCCAACCAGCAAAAGUACGCUGAAUUACUCUCUCAUCUUGGAGGAGAGGACCAGCUCCACUACCUCAGUACAUCUCCCGGACAAGGCGGAGAACGCACUAGCGCGAUGGUAGAGCAAGAAAAAGAACUAGAAUCCGAAUUCCAGACUCGGUUCCCAGCUCUAUUCAAGAAGGCGCAGGAUGUCCACGGGGGCGGUGCUGGAACUUCAGAUGCGGAUAGCUUUGUUACGAAAGCCCAGAUGGUCGAGUACCUGGAUCGUGGUUUGACAAAGAUUCGAGACGUCCAAACAACGGGACCAGAAACACCCACCUACGCACCCGGUCAUUCGAAACUGGCCGGCGACGGGUCCUACUUUGAUAGGGCGUACGGGGACCGGGAGUCGGAAGAAUAUGUUGAUGUUGGAAGAAGCGACGGACAGACAUCGGGCGAUAGCAGUCCACAGAUGGCAGGAAAGGGAAAGGAGGUUGGGGUCGCGCAAUCACCCGAUGAGAUUCCUCGCAGAGGACGCGGAGGUGGACUUUUGAACAAGGUGUUUAGACGGGCGUGAGCAUUAACGGAUGGGUACUACGGAUACGGUCUCGGGAAGCUUGUACGGACAUGUUAACGGUAAUUGACAGUUGCCUUUUGGUUUGACUGAGGCGUUGAGGAUUGAGGAUUGGGAGGUAGCAUCUUGGUCAAGAUGUGGGCAUGAUACACACUUGGAUAGGAUCGAGUUCCUGGAUACGGGUCAAAGGCGCGGCUUGCAAAAAUUCUCAACAAUAUCUAGUUCUUGUACAUAC